ACCCAGGGGAGCGGGGCCGGCGCCGGGGCUGCGAGGGGCGCGGGCGGCGGAGGCACCCGCCGAGUCGGCAGAGCCCCGCGAAGGGUCCUGGGGGGCUGUGCCGCGGCUGCUCCGGGGGCUGUGCCGCCCGGCAUGGGGUCCCCUCGCUGGAGGCGGCUCUGCCUCUUGCUCCUGGCGGGUUUAACAUCCUCCGUCAUCCUCUACGGGCACUACUACGCCACGGUGGAGGCGCCCACCGGCCAGCGGCUCCUGGCCAGCCUGCUGCAGCCGGAGCCGCUGGUCCUGGCUCCUUCGGAGACGCUGAGCCGAGCAGGGAGCCGUGGCUGGGCCCAGGAAGGCGGGUCGGAGAGAGGGAAGUCCUUUAAACCUUCCUCUGAGCUGCUGAAGCCCAAACUCGCCAAAACCCAGCCCAGCACUUGCCUCCGCUCGGUGACGGCCAGAGCAAAGGCAGACCCCAAGUUUGGGGAGCUCUUCCACUUCGACGUCCCCGUGCUGAUGUGGGACCAGCACUUCAGCCCGGAGACCUGGGACAGGCUGAAGGCGCGACAUGUCCCAUACGGCUGGCAAGGCUUGUCCCACACAGCCAUCGGCAGCACACUCCGGCUCCUCAACGCCUCCUCCAACAGGCGCCUCUUCGACAGAGACGACUUCCCCAAGGGCUGCGUGCGCUGUGCCGUGGUGGGCAACGGCGGCAUCCUCAACGGCUCGCGACAGGGCAAGGAGAUCGAUGCUCAUGACCUGGUGUUCAGGCUCAACGGCGCUGUGAUCAAAGGCUUCGAGGAAGAUGUUGGUACCAAGAUCUCCUUUUAUGGUUUCACAGUGAACACCAUGAAGAACUCCCUUAUUGCCUAUGAGGAGUAUGGCUUCACCCAGAUACCCCAGGACAAGGACCUGAGAUACAUCUUUGUCCCCUCGGACGUGCGCGACUACGUCAUGCUGAAGUCGGCCAUCCAGGGCAGCCCAGUCCCCGAGGGCUCAGACAAGGGUGAUGAGCCACAGAAGUAUUUUGGACCAGAGGCAUCUGCAAAGAAGUUCAAGCUGCUGCAUCCAGAUUUCCUACACUACCUAACAACAAGGUUCUUGAGGUCAGAAAUCAUCAAUACUCAGUACGGCUACCUCUACAUGCCCAGCACUGGCGCACUCAUGCUCCUGACAGCACUGCAUACCUGUGACCAGGUCAGUGCCUAUGGGUUCAUCACUGACAACUACGAGCAGUUCUCAGACCACUACUACGAGCUGGAGAAGAAACCGCUGCUGUUUUACGCCAACCAUGACAUGAUGCUGGAGGCAGAGCUGUGGAAGAGCUUGCAUCGAGCAGGGAUCAUGAAGCUUUACCAGCGGUGAGGCAGGGCAGCUGCCCAGAGGGUCAAGCCCCUCGGACUCUUGCUGUGUCACAGAAGUGGUUCUUCUCCUCUUUCCUGAAGGCCCCCUUCACUUUCCUAAGGCCCUCCAGGACUUGUAGACUAGCUGUUGUGGCACAGGCCCUCUACACUUCAGUUGCUGGCAGCUGCCCACCAACUUGGAGCUGGGCAGCAGUGCAGGUAGUGAUGGUGGUAAGGGGCAGGCCAAAGGGGUUAGGGAAAUGCAGCAACAUUUCCUCGGGGAUCUGCAGGAACUUGUUUUGUGGCCUAGUGUAACUGAACAUGGCCUUUGUGGCACCAAGAAGCACCACUGCACGUGGCUGUGACCUCCCAGUGCCGUGAACAGCUCUGUGGGGCAACAGCAGCCCCCUGGGAAGAACUGUGCUUGGCUGCCAGGAGGGGCAGGAUGAUGGUGGAAGAGGACACUGGAGAAGUGUGGGUGUAACAGCCCCACUUUUUUUUUUUUUUUCCUUCCCUUCCCUGGAGAUUUACAGCCUGCUUUCUAUGACUGUAAAGCCUCUGGCUGGAGAACACCAGCUGGUCCUUUACCUUUCUAUCAUACUCCAGCACCAAGACCCAUCAGCCCAAAUACUCCUCACCAUGGUGAGACCACAAUGGGCAUGAAUCCUUAGAGCAGACAGUUUAACUAACCAGAACGGUGGUGUGUUUGGAGGACACCUCUCUUGGCCUGCAUAAAGCCUGACUGCCACAAAGCUCUGGAUUGACACACACAUCUUUCCAGAAGGAUCUCUUUGCCUCUAUCACCAGAAGACAGCAGAGGCUUGCCUGACUUCUGUGACAGACAUAAGGAUAUAAUGUGUCUGCAGUUUUUUCUUUUCCCAUUUUCUAUGUUGUGUUGGUCAAGGCAAUGAAGUGUCUUAAAAAAAGAACAUAUCCAUCAGGUAAGACAAGGAUUACUGCAGCUCCACUGGGGCAUCAAAAAGGUGGGUGGCCUUUGAUCCUCCAGGAGAGGAGUUAGCCUAGUGCCCCCUCCCCCCCCUUUUUUUUUUUUUUGCACUGGGAUCAUGCGAUGCCCUCCACAUGCUUUAAGAAAGCAGCUCCCCACCCCCAAACCAGCUGGGUUAGGGAACCAACAGCUCAUGGUGCAAGUCUAAGCUAUCAUCAGUCUCAUUAGGAAAAAAAAAAAUCCAGGAGGAAAAGGUCUUGAACCCCUCAGCUCCAUGCUGUAAGCCAAUGCUGCAUAACUAGGGGCUGCUCCUCCAGCAGCUGGAGGCUGGCUGGAGGGAUGGCACUACACAAGGGAGGGGAUGGUGUAAUCUGAAACAUUUUCCCACUUUGUAUAAUUGCAUAAAUGUUGAAUGACCAUUUUCUUUUA